CUCUUCCUCACAUGAAGUUGUCGCCAAUAUACACCACCUAAAUCCAUACCUGAACGAAUCCAAUCGAGGCCCGACAUGGUUGCUCUUUUCCUUGAUUUCGAAUAAAUCCCAUCCUACCCUCCCUUACCAAGUAAUAUACACAUACACACCUGCCAUAAUGUCCGCACCCUCCACACCGCGCACGACGCGCUCCGCGUCUCCGGAUACCGAGAUGCUCAUGACGCCCGGACGCAAGAUUAAAGCCAUGAUGGCCGCUUUCGAUAGCGACUCCGAGGAUAGCGCCAACGACGACAAUGCCCCGCCGAAUCAGAGUUUAGGACUCGAUCGCUCCACGAAGAAGCUCAGCGACGCGCUCAAGAAGAGCACGAUCUCCUCGUUCGUUGAACCGACCAGAUCGCAACAGAUGGUUGAUGCCGAUGACCUCGACGAGGAUGAUGAUGAGGAUAUUGUGAGGCCAAAGGGGAGGAUGGCUGCUCGAUUGCAGGGCGGGGACUCAGAACUUACGGCUUUUGAGCGGGUCGCGAAAAGUUUGCGGGUGGAAGAAGAGCGAAAACAGAAGACUUUCAAGAGUGACGAAGAGGACGAGGACGAUGACGACGAUGAUCUUCCGACGGCUGGACCGAGACGGAGAGCUAUCACAAAUAUGCUACCCGACCCUGGGCUUAGUGAGGAUGAAGGUGAGGACAACAACAAUGGGCCACCCACACGCGCGUACUCUCCACUUUUCGUGUCAUCUCCCGUCAAGGUGCGGGGAAACGACGACGACGACGACGACAACAACGAGCUAGCAGGGACCGACGACGAUGCACCACAACCGAAAGCCAAUGCUCGAUUCUUGGCUCUCGUGGCGCAGAAACGUAGGGAGCGCGAGGAGAAGGAAAAUGCCGAGGCAGAGAGGCGAGCAGAAGCGCGGCUAGCGAGUCGGCAGGAACAAUCUGAUACAGAAAUUAUGAUGUCUGCAAGUGACGGCGAUGGUGACGGUGCUUCGGGCACAAAGCCUAGACAAAAGCAACAGCCCCGGCCUGCGGCGCGAAAGGCGAGCAAAAAGGCACUAGAAGAGAUGAACCGCGAGACUCAGCGCAUGAGUCGCAACAUGCAGCUGGCACAUCAAGCACAGACUAAGAAGAAGAUCACAAAAGAGAGCUUCUUCGCGCGAUUCAACUUCGGACAACCGGCUGGAAGCCAUGAUAUAGCUGUUCCCUCAGCUGGCGAAAACUCGUCCAGCACGGCCGGAUCGCAGAAUUCGUCAGACAUUGAGGCACAGAAGGAAAGAGAGACACCCCGCACGUCGCCUGUAUUGGAGCCUGCAGACAAAGUGUCACCUGCAGAAAGAGCCCUAGCUGAUGAUGCGGCUGAACCGAAAUUUCCCACUCUCGAAGAAAUCCUCGCUAACCCGCCUCCGCAACCGCAGGAGCCAGUAGUUGCUCGGAUGGGAGUCACGCCGAUAGCUCACAAAGCAGAUGCUAUGCAGGUUAAGAAGGUAAAGGGCGCGCUGACUCUGCCUGCCGUUCGUGUCAGGCUCUCACGAGAAGAAGUUGCACGCCAUCAGAAAGACGAUUCGGACAGUGAAUUGGAGAUCAUCACAUCGCCUGCCAAGUGCCGACGUAUCGCCGCUUUCGAGAACCUUCCCGCCAAAAAACUUCAGGAGUCUGCUUCAAUGAUUAAGUUGAAGGCUCUCGCGCAUUUGACCUCUCCCAGUCGCAAGUCUAAGAGCAUGAACGGCGCCGAGCUCUCUGCCACAUUGCUUUCGAAGGCGAGACAACAAGCUGCCAAGGAAAGACAAGAAAGGAUUGAAGAACUCCGAGCCAAAGGUAUUCAUAUUGAAACAGCCGAGGAGCGUGCUGCCAUGGAAGAUGAACUGGAGAAUUUGGUUGAAAAGGCACGUAUGGAGGCCGAUGCCAUUGCGAAGCAAGAGCGGAAGGCUGCUAAGCAAAACGGCGAAUAUGACGAGGAGGAGGACGAGGACUUCGAAUACUCCGGCUCAGAGGAUGAGGAUAACGGCGAAAUAGAUGAUGAAGAAAUGGCAGACGCACAAGGAGAUGGCAAUGAACUGAUCGACUCUGAAGCCGACGAAGGGGAUGAAUCCGAAGACGAUAAGUCCGAAGUCAUGUUGUCUGAGGAGGCAGAGAUGCCGACCCAAAGACGGAAACGACCGACCCGAGUUAUUAGCGAUGAUGAGGAUGAGGAAGAGGAGCAAGAGCCGAUUACCCCAGCAAAGCUCAUGGUCGCUGCCACUACUCCAGGAAGCCGGUCUGUCGACCGACCUCAUCUCCCUGCGCAGAGCUCCAACGACCUGAUGAGCCUGACGCAAGCAUUUGCGGGCACUAUUGCGGGGAGUCCACAACCCAGCGAACAAGUGCCGGCUGCUACACUUCCCAAUACCCUGCCCGAGCCUGGUCUUGGUGCAUACGAUUCCCAUGUCAUCAUCAAGGACAGCCAGGUACCCAAGGCUGAGCCCCAUGAUAUAUUAGCUUCGUAUGCACCAUCCACUGCGCGUGUGUCCGAGUCCCCAGCCCCACACUCGAUAUCUGGCUUUUCUCAAAUUCCGGAUCCCACGCAGGACGAGGGAUUCAUCCUAUCACCAUUUGAUCCGUCGAAACGAUUCCUCGGCACCCCGCAAUCAACCGUCGAAACUGUCAUCGUGGACCAACACAAGUCCCCAAUUCCAACAAGAAGCAUUCGCCAUUUGAAGCGUGGCGGACGAGCAGCUGAUCUUUCCAUGAUCGAAGAACAGGAGGAGGGUGAAGGAGAUUUUGAAAUCAAUGCCAACGCCUUCAACGUGAUGAAGGCUCCCAACAAGAAAAAGAAACCUGCUGUCCCGUUUGACAAGAGCAAGAGCAAAGCUAAGGACGUGGUAGAGGAAGCAGCCGAGGAGUCGGACGAUGAAUAUGCCGGACUGGGCGGUGGGAGCGACGAGGACGACGAUGAUGAGGAGAAUGCCUACGAUAGAGCGAUGAUCAACGACCAAAGCGGAGAGACGGUUGACGAGAAGCAACUUGCCGCAUUGAAUGCGCAACACCAACGCACGAAUGACGAAAAGCAAGUCGCCAAGCUUUUGAAAGAUAUUACGACUGGAGCUCUCCGUCGACGUCGCGGCGCCAACGCCAACGACGAGUUCGACCUAGACGACUCCGACGACGAGCUCCUCGCGCGCCGGCGAGAGAAGCAACGCGAAUUCGCACGGAUGCGCAAGGCCCUCCUCGCGGAUGAGAAAAUAGGCGAGAUUGCCGAAAAUCCCAAGAAAGCAGCUUUCUUCCGUGCCGUGGAAGAUCGCGACGACGAUGACGACGAUGACAUCGGCUUCGACUUCUCGGGAGAUGCGGAGGAGCAGGAGGACGAGAGCCAACAGGACAGCAACAACAACAACAACAACAACAAUAACACGCAACCCGACAACGCGGAGACUCAGAACAACAAUGCGAUCCCCAACAACGACGCCACGAACAACAAGAGAAAACGGCCCCUCAAACCGACCACGGAAUCGACCUACAACCGCCCCCCUCCGCACCUCCGCCGCAAGCCCGCGUCUGCCAUGUCCAAGAAACCCGCCACCCUGGCCGAGAUUCGCGAGACGCUUUCCUUCCUCACCGAAACGCAUGAAUAUGACUCCUUCCACGAGGACGCCUCUCUGGACCACGACCACGAGCAUGACGAUGAUCAACCACAAGACCCGCAGCUAAUGGACCUCGAUCCCGCCGAGUUCGAUUCCUCGUCCGACGACGAACUCGCCGGACCUACUCCCUCGGACGACACCCCCGGGGCAAGGAAACCUCCACCACCGCCCAAGAACCUUCUGACGCACCACCCGCGCCGCACCCGCGGGCCCGUCGUCGACCGUCUAGCCCUCCUCCGCCAAGCAUCCAGCAACUCCGCCUCCAACACCGCCACAACCUCCGCUGCCGCCGGCGGAGGCAAACUCGCCUUCGCCGCGGACGCUGCCGCCCGUGACCAAGAUGGCGGGCUCGGGUUCGGAUUUCACAGACCCCCACCGUUGAUCCGCCGGAGCACCACAGCUUCUUCUUCUUCGUCGUCAAGUUCCUCUGGAGGAAGCAGCAGUCGAAGGAGCAGCAUGGCCUCCGUCAAUUCCGGUCACGGCGGAGCAACGCAUAAAUCAUCAACGACGAAUGCGAACCCGGUGGGCAUGAAGAAGGGCGGCGCAGCGGUGAACUACUACACGGCCGCCCGGGAGCGAGAGCGCGAGAAGCAGCUCCGCAUGCAGCGGGGCGGAAGCAGCGGGUCAAAACACGUCGCGGCGUUGCUGAACAAGCAUGCGGCGAAUCGAUUGGGAGCGUUGGGAGGCAAGGGCCAGUGGGAGUAAGAGCUUGCCCCCUUUUUUUUGGGUUGGGGGGAGGGGGCAAAAUAUGAGAGGACUUCGCGUUGAAGGGAAAGAAAGUUGUGCCGGAGAUGGAAAAUGAGCUGAAGCAAAGUCCCUGGUUGGUUUGGGUGGGUGGUCAGAAAGGCGUGGGCGACAUUUGCAUCUGUUUAUGAUACCUUGUUUGCUACUGCUUCUUCCUUGAACUGUUGUUUCGUUCCGUUAUUAGUGAUGCCUGCGCUUUCCAGCAUGCAUUUAUGGUUUUGUGCAUUCGGAGUUAAAGGAUAGGAAGACCUUGGGCGGGGCUGAUGCCCAAGACUCGGUUGGAGUUCAGCUGUUCAAAUACAUCACAUAUAUAGAUAUAGUAGUUCCUCAUCCUCCUCAAUGCUCAG